CCUCUCUCUCUCUCUCUCUCUCUCUCUCUCUAAAAUUCUCCCCCUCAUUAUUAGCGAUUCAAAAAUUGGACCCUAAUCCUAACACUUACCCUAAAAAAAACCCUAAUUGAGUGCAGAAAUUGAAUGGAAGGGGGAGCAGGGGCCUAUAAUCCGAGGACGGCGGAGGAAGUGUUUAGGGAUUUUAGGGGGCGGCGAGCUGGAAUGAUCAAAGCUCUCACUACCGACGUGGAGAAGUUCUAUCAGCUCUGUGAUCCCGACAAAGAGAACUUAUGUUUGUAUGGGCUUCCUAAUGAGACUUGGGAAGUUAACCUGCCAGCGGAGGAAGUUCCUCCUGAACUUCCUGAGCCCGCAUUGGGAAUUAAUUUUGCUAGAGACGGGAUGGAUGAAAAGGAUUGGCUGUCACUAGUUGCAGUACACAGUGAUGCAUGGCUAUUGGCUGUUGCCUUCUAUUUUGGUGCACGUUUUGGCUUUGACAAGGAUGCCAGUGUUGUCAAUGCGCGAGGCGCAAUGUGGGGCGCAAAGCAUCUUUUACGCGCACAUGCGCAAGGCGCAACGCGAUGCUCGCGCCCGAGUGAUGCGAGGAGGCGGCUCUUUCAAAUGAUUAAUGGCCUUCCUACCAUAUUUGAAGUUGUGACUGGAACUGCCAAGAAGCAAACAAAAGAGAGGACACCCAACAGCAGCAAGAGCAACAAGUCAAAUUCAAAGCCAUCACGUCAGUCUGAGAUAAAAACCUCCAAAAUGGCUCCUCCAAAAGAGGAUGAUGAUAGCGAAGCAGGAGGAGAAGAGGAAGAAGAAGAUGAGGAUGAGCACGGGAACACUUUAUGUGGUGCUUGUGGUGAGAAUUAUGCAAAUGAUGAGUUCUGGAUAUGCUGUGAUAUCUGCGAGAGAUGGUUCCAUGGAAAAUGUGUGAGGAUUACUCCAGCUAGAGCUGAGCACAUUAAGCAGUACAAAUGCCCAGCUUGCAGCAACAAGAGAGCCCGUGCUUGAACUUUUUGGAAAUUAUUGGAUUCAGGUUUUAGACAGUGUUCUGAUGUUGUGCAUGUCAGUUUGUUAUUUCGGGUUUUAGUGCUAACGGAUCAAUUGUAUGGGUUUACUCUUAAUUUGAAGUCUGGAUAUUUCUCAGCGUUUCUAAUAGACUGCGUCAUGUUUAAACUUUAUUUAGUACUAACAAAUCUUUCACUGUCCUUGAGUCUC